GCACAGAGUGCACGUAAAACUUUUCUAAAUGCAGAUUUCCUUAUGUCUGUAUGCUGUACAUUUGUGACGUUUACAUCUUAAGCGAUGGCUAGAGAAACUACAGAAGUUAGCUGUUGUGUCAAGUAUCUUCUCUUCUUUUUCAAUGUGUUUUUUUGGCUGAUUGGGGGCCUUACAACUGGUGUUGGCCUCUAUGCCCGGUUUGAAAAGACAAAAUAUCAAGGCUUCUUCAAUGACAUUGUUAUGGACCCAGCCUUUGCACUAAUCAUAACUGGAGGAAUCAUGUUCAUCCUUGGAUUCACAGGCUGCAUUGGUGCUUUGAGAGAAAAUGUUUGCCUUCUGAAGUUUUUUUCAAUUGUCCUGGCAAUCAUAUUCUUCCUUGAAUUAUCACUGGGAAUUUUUGUCUUUGUGUUCCAAGAUAAGGUUGAAGGUGUAGUUAAGGAGAAAAUAGAUCAAACUAUCACAAGUUACAGGGACAAUGUGGAUCUACAGAGUUUUAUUGAUGGAAUUCAACAAGAGUUUAAGUGCUGUGGUGGAGAAACCUACAAUGAUUGGCAAAGGAACAUUUAUUUUAACUGUUCCUCUCCAGGUGCGGAGGCCUGUGGUGUGCCAUUUUCUUGUUGCCAUGAGGAUACCCUAAACACACAGUGUGGAUAUAAAAUCAGAAAACCUAUACAUACUGAUACAGAAAGGAUUGAAGUGAUUUACAUCAAAGGCUGUAUCGCAGCAGUCAGAGACUGGUUUAAGGAGAACUUAAUAAUAAUUGGUGGGGUUGCAGUUGGUUUGGCCCUAGUGCAGAUCAUGGGAAUUUGUUUUGCAAACAGCCUUAUAACAGACAUAAAGAUGCAGAAGUCAAGAUGGGACAGGGACUACUACAACUGAGAUCACUCUUCACUUCUAGGGUAUAAUGCAUCAUGCAAGAAGCUUUUUCUUCAUUUUAUACAUAUGAGCUAUGCUGUUGUGAAGUGUGUAACAUUGAUGUUCUCAUGAUAUUUGAGAUAAGUGAUCUUGGGAUCUCUAUUUUCAGACUAAAAGCCACAACUAAUCUGGGAGCUACCUCUAUUGUUUUGGCCUCUUCAUAGUCUAGACACACUAUAUGAAAAUCAGAACUUUAAGAAAAGAUGUUAGUACAAAUUGCGUUUCAAAAAAGGAAAAAUUUAAUAUAAAAAACAAAAAACAUAGCACCUUUCAGUUCAAUCUGUUGGGUUAUUUGGAACAUUCUCAUCACUUUCCUUUACUUCAAGGUUGUGCAAGAAGUAAAAGGGUGCCAUGUUUUUUUAUAACAGUCAUUUUUCUUCAUGUUAGCCUAGUUCAUGGCACAUCUUUGCUACGCAAUGUAAAUUUUUAUUUGAAGAGCAUGUGAAAAUUUAGGUGUAGUAGUAUGUACGUAAAAGGUAAUUUACUUUGGUAGUGAUUUUGUAGACAUUGCGACCCCAUAGCAAACCAUUCUCUUUUACCAUCGACAUGUUUAGUACAGAAAGUUUGCUUUAAAAACGUGUACUUACUACCCUGCCUCUCUAGUGGCGAAGAGUUGACGUGGGGUGAGGCCGUGCGUCAGCUAUCAGAGCCAGUUCCAAUAAGUAAGACUUUUAUUUCCUACAGGUAAACUUUACUGGUGUUCCUUUGCAAAUUUUCUCUCUUUUUUUUAAUUUGCGAUUGGUUGUGGGCGAAACGUUCGUGUUUUCACCAAUGUGAACAUCGAUUCAGUCGGCAGAUCAGAACGCGUUACUUGCCGUAGAAUACUAGUUGACUUAAUUUUACCGACAAAAAUAGACCCUUUUCUUGUUGUGAGGUGAAUUAAUUGCGCUGUAUAUUUA